AUGUCAGCUGCAGAACUGUUGGGUUCAACCGCGGCAUUUGCGCAAGGGAACGAAAACGUCAUACUGGAUAUCUUCAAGAGGUGGGAUGAGGAUCACAGUGGGUAUAUCGAUCGCGACGAGCUAGCCAGCAUCAUGUACAAGGUGUCUCCGAGUCUCAGCCAGGACCAGAUCGACGUGCUACUGGGGUGCAUUGACAGCAACCUCGAUGGUGUCAUUGACUAUCGCGAAUUUGUGGGCUGGCUUACAAACAGGCUAGCCCAAUAUACAGUUGGGGAUGACGGAUGGAUCACCGAUUUCGACUUGAAGGGGCUCCUGAAGCCACUUUUCGAAAUCUGGGACAAAGAUGGCUCAGGCGAAAUUACGAGGGAAGAGUUCAACGAGCUGUCGCAGAUUCUGCAAAACUCACUGCGACUGCAUCCUCUCGCCAAAGGAGAUGUCCUUGUAGUCGACUUCGAAGUCAAGGAGUUCGUGUCUUUGGAUGAGUUUGUAUCGUGGCAGUCCGGGGUCCUGCAGAGAUCUGGCGUCCCGAACAACAAGCUGCCAGAGUUGAUUCACACGCUCGCAGAAUCACUUCAGUGCAUCUUCGACAUUGAGCAGAUGAAUCAGCAGGCCGCGACAGGCGUCGACAAGACGUUCUCCGCCUUGUCGAACACUAUCCAAGUU